GGCAUUGUCGACGACUUGUAUAGAAAUUGGGGUUAGAGAGGAGCGCGUCUGUCAGAACGAAAAAGGCUCGUUUUGGGGUAUCGAGUUUUUUUGUUAUUUUCGAGUUUGCGUUACGUUUUUAUGAGUUUCCUCUUUGCCAGUUAAAUUUUUGAAAUUCGUUUACUUGCUACAUUAGGGGCAUUUAUCUGCAAAUUGUGUGUUUGUUUACAUUGUCGCAACACGAACUUUACAAACAAAUCGGCCGUCCGCAUGCCAUGCUUUCACAUAGCGCUUGGCCUCAUCGCCUCUCACCUUCAACUACUACAAUCCUGACACGAGCCACAACCACCUUAGCGCGCGCGCAAUCGGAAGAAUCGGGAAUUGAACCGGGACAAAUCGCGACAAUCACUGGAUCUUUUAUAUCGUUUGGUGGACAAGAGGCCCUUGAUCAGUAUGAUACCGAUCAUACGGAUUUGGGUAGUGAGGCUGAUGAAAAUGAGGCUAGGAAAGGACUGUUAAGAGACCAAUGGAGACAAUUUUUUGACAAGUUUGACCCCGAGGGCUUUGGAGAAAUACCCUGGAAUGACUUUUUGAACACAAUGGAUCAUCCCGAAUUUCGAGAAAGAGUCAAUACUGGAAAACGACUAAUACUGUUAGAGAAAUCACGCACUGCCACAACGCCAGCAAUAACUUUCCAGGACUUCGUUAAUGUGAUGACCGGAAAACGAUCAAGGAGCUUUAAAUGUGCCGUCCACCACAGAGACCGAGAGGUAUCGUCCGAGAACGAUUUUCAUUUACUGUUGGUAGAACCACCAUUUUUUCGUAGGAUGGUCACCAUAGUAGCGGACGAGUUCCUCACGGACGACAGGGAUAGAAAAUAUUACGCUGACCACUAUACAUGUUGCCCCCCUCCACUAUUUAUUAUAAUUAUCACCUUAGUUGAGUUGGGAUUUUUUAUCUACUAUUCAGUGAGCGCUGGAGUAGUGAAUCCGGCAGGUCCAGUUCCAACAGAAUCAAUUUUUAUCUACCGCCCCGAUAAAAGGAUAGAAAUAUGGAGGUUUCUAUUUUACAUGCUUCUUCAUGCGGGAUGGCUUCACCUCGGGUUCAAUCUGGUAGUUCAGUUACUGGUGGGCCUGCCGCUGGAAAUGGUUCAUGGAUCAGGCCGAGUAGCGCUGAUCUACAUUGCUGGAGUGGCAGCGGGUUCCUUGGGUACUUCCGUUUUUGAUACGGAUGUUUACCUAGUGGGUGCUAGUGGAGGAGUGUAUGCACUGCUAGCAGCCCAUUUAGCCAAUGUCUUGUUGAACUACAACAAUAUGCAAUGCGGCAUUCUGCGGCUGUUUGGGAUAUUCGCAAUAGCUUCAUGCGACGUAGGUUACGCAAUCUACUCAAGGUACGCAGAGGAAGUAAUGGGACCCCCAGUGUCUUAUGUGGCGCAUCUGACGGGAGCCCUAGCAGGCCUCACUAUCGGGCUUUUGGUAUUGAAAAAUUUCGAACAGAAAUUGCACGAACAACUUCUAUGGUGGGUCGCCUUAGGAGUGUACGCAGCGUGUACGAUUUUCGCUAUUUUGUUCAACGUAAUGAAUCCCACCGUCGAACAACUCGAUAACUUAGGAGAUGGUGUUAAUAGUCAAUAUGUUUACAAUCGAUUCGGUGUGUAAACAUCAGUCAUUUUUGUCUUUGAUAGUCUAUCAAUGGUUUUGUAUAUAAACUUUACUAUUUGUACUGAUUUUUGUAAGACUUAAGCCUAAGUCAUAAACACUGUACGUUGUUUAGGUAUACACCUAUUUCUGGUUGCUUAUGUACAAGAUUUGAAGCUUUUCAAAUAGUUGCUCAGAUAAUAAUACGAUCACAAACAGGUGCAAGACCGUCUUGUAUCUAUGUGGGUGAUUUUUAUUAAUUUACAUCACAACACCUUAUGUAUAUAAUAUUUUGUACAUAUACCUAUGUUGAGUUUAUUUAUUUCUAAUUUAGUGUUUAUACCAAAGACUGAAAGAGUAAGUUGUUUAAUUUACCUUAAAAAUUAAUUCUCUAUGUGGAGGCUUUGAAUGAAAGCUUCAAUCCACUGUACCUAAGUCACAGAUGUAUCAUGUAGGUACCCUAAACAGAUACCGUCUGGAUUGCAGUUUUCCAUUGAUAAAAGCCUUCAUCUUUUGAUAACUCAUCAUUCGUGAAAUUAUUGUCAACAUAAAUGUCUUAAGUUCCUAUUUUCAAAGCUUCUAUAUACGUAGCAGAAUCAGUCAGGUUAAUUUUGCAUUUCACGUUUUUACACAAUAUUAUUCCAUAUCUAGUAAUUGACAAUAAUUUCGAUUUUUCUAUUUGUUGUGUUUAAAAAUUUCUGGAAAUGUUUGUAUUCACUCAUUUUAUUGUGAGACUUCAUUAUUAAUUUUCAUGAUUUUCCAGGAAUUUUUAUUACUUUUGUUCAUCUCAGGUCAAAAAUACUUUUUCAAUACCGGCAAGUUAGCCCUAUGUAUUUGUCAAAAAUUGCCGAACCUAUUUUAGUUUUAGUGAUUUUGUUUCGGACUUUGCUUGCGUUGAAGUUAUUAGUUUACGAAACGUAAAAGUCGGCAAAGUGUUUAGUUUCUGAGUGAUAUUAACAUACUAGUCAUGCCACUAGAUGUGUAAGUAAAGUAAAGCCUACCAAAGAUUGAACUAGUUAACUUAUUCUUAUACACGGAUAAAAAUGCAAAUGCCUUUCAAAUGGUAGACAAUAGACCUUUCGACUGAAUAUAGCAAAAUUGGACUAAUCUCUGCCUAAGGCUCAUAAAAUCUAUAAAAUAAAUCAUAUUUUAUAGGAUUAUAUGAACCACCAAUAAAAAAUCGUUUGGCAUUAUAGGCCCCAGGUACUGGAUAAAUUAAAUACCUUGCUAGGAAAAGGAAUUCGUUUCAAAUUAUGUUAUAUUUGUUUUCUCAUUCUCCGACUUGCUAUAUUUGGGGACUAAGGUUUAACGUUCACAUGGUAUAUAUCACAAAGAAAAUGUAUUUUUUUACACUCAGGUAGAAUAUGGCUUCACCCGUUUAAUGUUAAAAGGUUUAGAUUAUGAAUAAUGCGCAUCGCCUUCAAAAGGAUUUUUUUUUAAUAAGAUUGUAAGUGUUUUUUACAAAUUUGGCGAAAAUAGUUCAUAUAUUAAAAAAAUA